GGCCUCUUAGCUGUCUGUUGUAAACCCACCUUCCCCUGUGCUUGUUGGCCAGACUCCCCUCUUCAGCCCGUCCCUCCUCCCUGAGAGUGCGCCAACAAAUCCCCUCACGCCCUCCCCUACCCUUCGAAGACCUAGAGGCUCAGAAACGGACCUGAACCCCCAACAGAAGACCUGGAAGGUGGUGGUAAUAUCGCCGCCCUGUGAUACCGGAACAUUCCGGUCGCCUCAUCGUAGGAAGGACGUGGAGGCUUCCGAGAGGGGGCAGAGGAGACUCACCAGGACGCUGCCUGGAUAAGAGGGCGUGUCUUAUGAGAAGUUUCCAUCGACUGUGCCACAAGGAAGAUCCCAGCGGGCGGCCAGCGUUACUUGGGGUCUGAGGUGCCACAGGUGGGACAGUAACUGGAAGGACCCUCCACCGCUGGCUUUGCUGCAGCCGAUGGCUGUGUCCUGCAGCCCGGCCUGGAGCGAGGAGCCGUGGUGAGCCCGGGGAGGGCGUGCGCAGGGGUUCCGCCUGGAAGUGCCGGGGACCGAGCGUCCGGGAUGUCCAGCUGGCUGUGCGUGUCCGAGGCGUCCCGAUCUCUGUCCGGCCGCCCAGGCCCCUGAAGGGGCCGGAGCUUCGCACGUCCCGGGCGCACGGGAGAGCAUGCAGUCCGACGACUUCUUCUUCCGCAAGUUCAAGAGAAGCAGCCCGCGACCGCCACUGACCUCCGUCAACUUCGAGCACCGACCCGCCCGCCCGGCGCCUGAGCCCGCCGGCACCACCGUGCGGGCCCGCAUCCUGGAAUGGCCCCCGCAGCGGGAGGCGAUGGAGGACGGUGGCUCCCCUCAGCCGGCGACUGAGCCCGCGGCCCGGCACCUUCAGCAGCCGCGGGAGGCGGACGAAGGGGCAGAAGGGGGCGGCGAGGCCGGAGCCGGGUCCGGGAGCAGCCCGGCGCUCCAGCGCAGCAACAGCGAGGCGGCCAUCGUGGAGGGGGGCUGCGCUGCCCCGGGGCAUCCCCCCGGAGGGGGUGCCCUGCACCGGGAGUACGGCAGUGCCUCAUCCAUCGAGAGGUCCCAGGGAGGAAGAGGAGGCGCGGAGGGAGCUGAGGCGGGAGCAGAUGAGGGCGAGAGGCCCCGGCUGGGGUUGGAGUCGGUCAGCGCCCCCCGCUUCCAGGACCCCUACCUGCUGCUGGGGCUGCCCGAGAGCCCCGGUGGGGAGGGCUGCCCGCCCGAGCGGGACCCCUUCGCCGUCUGCCGUCGCUACCGGACACAGAGGAGCGAGGCGGAGUGCCCGCGGUCGCCGCCGGUGGGAGCCGUCCUCGGGCAGGAGGACGCCCGGGGCCCCUGGCACCGGGCUCACGGCCUGGCCCACUUCGACGUGCAGAGCAUCCUCUUCGACCUGCGCCAGGCCGCCUCCAGCCGGGACAGCGCCGGCCGCCGCAAGAACAUCGUCACCGGCGCCUCGGCCGCCUCCCAGCUGCCGGCCGUGCCGGGCUCUGCCGGGGACCGGGGCCACGGCCAGGGCGCCACGCUGGUCCUCAGCUGCCCCCACUUCCGCAACGAGCUGGGGGGCGAGGGCGAGCCCUGGCGCUCCUGCCAGUGCCCCAACGCCGCCGUGUCGGUGCUGGAGGAGCCCCGCCGGAGCUACCUCAACCGUCCUGGCUCCUACUUCAUUGAGCACGCCGACCUGGGGGCCAACUACUACCGCAUCUACUUCCACCGGAAAGAGCAUCAGAACUUCUUCGGGACCGACGACGCCCUCGGGCCGGUGGCGAUCAGCCUGCGGAGGGAAGAUAAGGAAAAGGACGUGGGGAGCAGCUCGCAGUACAACUACCGGAUCAUCGUCAGGACCACCGAGCUCCGGACGCUGCGCGCCUCGAUCCUGGAGGAGGCGUUCCCCUCGUCAGCGCGCCACAGCACGCAGCGUGGCGUCCCGCCGAAGAAGCUGCUGGAAUACCUGGUGCCCGGCCUGAACACCCAGUGCCUGCGGCUGGCCUCCAACUCGCCCAAGGUGCCCGAUAUGCUGCUGAAACUGGACGAGCAAGGGCUGACCUUCCAGAGGAAGGUGGGUGUUAUGUACUGCAAGGCGGGCCAGAGCACGGAGGAGGAGAUGUACAACAACGAGGCCUCGGGCCCUGCCUUCGACGAGUUCCUCAACCUCCUGGGUCAGCGGGUCAAGCUGAAGGGCUUCGAGAAGUACCGCGCCCAGCUGGACAACAAGACGGACUCCACGGGUACGCACUCUCUCUACACCACGUACCAGGACUACGAGAUCAUGUUCCACGUCUCAACCAUGCUUCCGUACACCGCCAACAACAGCCAGCAGCUCCUGCGGAAGCGGCACAUCGGCAAUGACAUCGUGACGAUAGUCUUCCAGGAGGCUGGGGCCGACCCCUUCACGCCCAAAACCAUCCGGUCCCACUUCCAGCACGUCUUCAUCGUGGUACGGGUCCACCACCCUUGCACCGAGCAGGUCUCCUACAGCGUCGCUGUCACCUGCUCCAAGGACAUCCCCGAAUUUGGACCCUUCUUCCAGGAGGGAGCAGUCUUCCCCAAGUCUUCCACCUUCCGCGAGUUCCUGCUGGCCAAGGUGGUCAACGCGGAGAACGCCGCCGAGAAGUCGGAGAAGUUCCACGCCAUGGCCGUCCGGACGCGGCAGGAGUACCUGAAGGACCUCGCGGACAACCACGUCACCACCACCGCUGUGGACUCCUCCUCCUCCAAGCUGGCCUCCAUCAUCUCCCUCCCCACCAAGAAGAAGGAGCGGCCCCGGGGCAGCCGGGCUCCUGAGCUGCACAGCGCCGGGGCCCUGGUCUGGAUUGUCACCGCCCACUGGGUCCAUUCCUCCGACGAUACUGAGUGCAUCCUGGGAAUCUCCAACGAGUUUGUUGUCCUGGUAGAUCAGAAGCUCCAGCGGGUUGUGCUGAAUUGCUCCUGCCGGGACGUGAUUGGCUGGACCUUGACUGCGGGGGGCAUUAUCAUCUACUACGAGCAGGGCGAGUACGUGGCUGUCAGGACUCAGGAGGGCCAGCCCGAUGACCUCACCGAGAUUGUCCACCGGCUAGAGAUCGUGACAACCGGGUGCGAGACGGACGACCUCGUCCUCCGGCGUAACAGCGUCCACCACCUGGGGUUCCAGUCCAACAGCGAGGGGAUCGUGACCCACGUGGAGGAGAACGGCUACGCCCACAUGCUGGGCCUGAAGCUCUUCAGCCGGCUGGUCAGGAUCUGCGAGACGCCGGUGGUGAUACUGUCGUACAAGGACCGAACUGAUCUCCUGCGGAAGGCCGACCACGUAACGAUCACCAUCAUCCCCCCGGACAGCAAGGGCAAGCCCAGAAUGAGCUUCUCUGAGCUGUACAGGAAGUCGAUCGAGGAGACCGAGCGCAAGUCCGACCGCCUGCCGGACACGGGGCUGACCCCCCCCUGCCUGCCCCUCCUGAGGAUGUCCUCGCUGCAGGAGACCAAGAACAGCGGCCUACAGGGGCCGCAGAGCCCCACCGUCAGGAGCUGCUCCCUGGAGAUGAGAGUGGCCCAGGGCCAGAGGAGCGAGAGGGACGUCCGCUCCCGGGCGCUGAAGGUCUCGACGCCGGACGUCAUCCCUGCUGUAAACCCGCUGUCUCCCGGAGGCCCGGACUUUGACUCCGUCGACGGCCAGGUCGCGGCUCCCCCGUGCCCUUUCUCUGGGACAGGCCCCGAGGAGACCGGCCCCGGUUAUCCAGGCACCUGUGACCCCGCGCUGGUGGACUCCCAACAAACUCCCUGGAGUGACGCCUCGCUGAUCUAUUCGCUCGCCGGCCCGAACCAAACGCCGCCGGGCGGCGUCAAAAUGCACGAGGCCUCCGAUACCCCCAACGUCCAGUGGCAGUCGCUGGCUGAAAUUGCCUCCUACUGCGAGAAGCUCGUGCAGUCCCUCUCCUUGGACGAAGAGCCGACCUCGGAGGAGCCCCGGGCUGACGGUGCCCUUGAGCCGAAGGACGAGAGCCAGACGAGCACCUCUCCGACAGUCCUCAACGAGAAGGUGUUUCAUUUAGAAACAAUCGUCAAACAGCUCCACGACAGGCUAAGGAAGGAGCAGGAAGACAAAGAGCUGCUGGCGAGCGAGGUGGAGCAACUGAGGCAGACCAACCAGCGGCUGCACCUGGAGUCCCAGACCACGGUGUGCCACCUCUUAAGAGUAACCGAGUUACUGAUGCAUAACGCCCACCAAAAGCCUCCAAACUUGCAUAAUUAGGUGGCAGGGGGAGGGGGAGGGUGGUGGAAGGGUUGAUCCCUCCCUCCCAGAACGAGACCCCCACCCCCAUGUCUCGGUGGGUCAACAAUAGAACUAGCGCGAGUCCGCUUCGUUUCGGGACAAUCCCGGUCGGUGUCAGAAGUUAUUUCUCCUCUUUGCCCCCCCCCCCCACGCCAUAUUACCUGCCCCCGGCAGAGGAAAUGCUCUGGGCGACGUCGCCCUGUCCUCGCGCAUUCCGAGGGUUUUAAUCGCUGCUCUCCGCCAGUUUCGGAACCAUUCCCCUUGCACAAUGACGUUGGACAACAACUAUUUUCAGAAGCGUCGCCUCCUCACGAUUUUUGUUUGUUUGUUUUUGUUUAUGACCCACCGCUCGAGGCUGAACACAAAUAUAACCUCAGACUACUUGCGGGAGUUUGGAGAAACUUUUAUUGGGUGUGAUGGGUUGAAUCUCACGGUAGUACCAGGACUUUCAGAACCAGGCACAGGCCGUGAAUUUUUUUUUCAAAACUUAGCGGCAGCAGUACAAUGCAAUACAUGAUAAUAGAGAGGGAGAAAAUAAAUAAAAAGAUUAUUACAGUAAGUAUAUUUAACUAUUAAAUAGUUAAAUUAAAAAUAGUGCAAAAACAAAUAAUAUUAAAACAAAGUGAGGUGGUAUUCAUGGGGUUCAGAAAUCGGAUGGCAGAGGGGGAGAAGCUGCUCCUGAAUCGCUGAGUGUGUGUCUUCAGGCUCCUGUACCUCCUCCCUGAUGGCAGAGGGGGAGAAGCUGCUCCUGAAUCGCUGAGUGUGUGUCUUCAGGCUCUUGUACCUCCUCCCUGAUGGCAGAGGGGAAGAAGCUGUUCCUGAAUCGUUGAGUGUUUGUCUUCAGGCUUCUGUACCUCCUCCCUGAUGGUAGCAAUGAGAAGGGGGUAUGUCCUGGGCGGUGGGGAACCUUAAUGACAGAUACCGCCUUUCUAAGCCACCGCUCCUUUUAAGAUUCUUGGAUGCCUCGGAGGCUAGUAUUCAAGAGGGAGCUAACUAAUUUUACAACAUUAUGCAGCUUCUUUCGAUCCUGUGCCGUAGCCCCCACUCCCCCCCCCCCCGUACCGGACGGUGAUGCGGCUACGGUACAUCUGUAGAAAAUUUCCAGCAUUUUGAGUUACAAACCAAAUCUCAAGCUCCUAAAUGAACUAUAGCUGCAGUAGUCGGAAUGAGCUAAAAACGCUCAGUUGACAAUUUCCGUUUGGACUCGGUGUCUGAGGCUUCUCGCUUAAGUGCCCAACAAUAAUCGGCCAGCGUUGAAGGAUUCCGGUUGCCCUGAUGGCGUUGCUCCGUAACCCCAAAGUCCUGGUGAAACUUUUCACCGCGCUGGUCACUGACAGCGCCGAGAUUGGCAGGGGAGAAGUCUAAAUGAGAAUGCAGAAAAUGAAUCUUUAGUGACAUGUUGCACUUUAUUGCUUUGUGUGCUUGGAGUCUGUUGUCAAGAAAAGUUCCCAACAACUUCCUCGAACGCCUUCCAUGCGAUUUUCUCCGGUCCCACUAGAAGGUCUUCGCCGGGAAUCGCCGGGUUGACUUGUGGACCGGCGAAAAGCGGCCUCCCCUGUAUCUCGGCAUCAGUUAUCCUGAACCGAAUUAACAAAAUACCGGCCAUUUCAUUAAAGUGGUGGGAGGAUUUCACAGUGACCUUUACGAUCAAAAUCCACAAGAUGCACCCAAGAAGAGCACUCAGGAAGCAAGGUCUUUGUUGGCCGGUGUUGUUCGUCCUAACCGUGCCCAGCUGUGAAUUGGCACCUCCUGCCCUCUCCUUCACAAACCUGUCUACCUCGUGGUCGUAGAGAAGAUCUCUACCGCCCACCGGGGGAAUCUGAAUUCCCUGCUGAAAUCAUGAGUGGACCAACUCUCUGCUUUGUAGGCAUCUCGAAGAACCGUCUUCCACGGCAGCUAUAGCCUUUAAUUAACUGACAUUGUGUUUAAUAAUUGCAAAAAAAAAAUUCCAUUGAUUGCCCAGCGACCAGUGGGUCGCCGACAAAGUCAACCCAGUUCUGUUGGCUCCCCGCCCCCCCCCCCCGCCGCCUCCGCGCUCUAGUGGGGCGGGCGGGGGGUGCGGAUGGCAUUCAGUGGGGGCAGAGAGGCUUAUUACGGCGGGUGGGAUUGGAGAGGGCAACCGCUUGCCAAACUUCUUUGU